AUGGGUGCACUGGGAGGAACGGAUGGUGAGAUCACAGGACAGCAUCCAUGCAGGAGUUACAGGAUGGAAGUGCAGUGACAUGUACCCAGCCCAGGAACAACAGAGGUACUCUUAUCCGAAGUCCUGUAAUCCAGCAACGUCCAAAGAAACUGAUGGCUACAGUUCAGUAAUGUCCUGCAGAUGGUCUCUGAGUAGAGUACUGUCUUCUAUACUCACUGUGAGGAGCACUGGUGCUUACUACUAUGCAGACCCCGGACAGCCCAGACGGGUGUUUCCUGCCGGAGCACCUGGACACCGCAGCCUUGGAUAUCGAACUCGAUGAACUGGACUCUAUACGAGAAGAUGAAGACGGUUCUCAUCUCAGUCCCUUCCUUACCGUCUAUGACCAGAAACCACUCAAACAUCAGGGGUCCAUUUUCCUGAAAGGAGUCCCUGUACUGGCUCACAUAUCCCAGACAGAGCGUUACACUAGUGGCUCAAAGGUCCGCACCAGCACUUUAUAUUCCAUACACCUGACUCACGGACCCUUCCAAUGGAGCAUCAAAAAGAAAUUCAAACAUUUCCAGGAACUUCACCGGGAUCUCCUCAGACACAAAAUAUUCGUCACCCUCCUCCCCCUCAACCCUCUGUCCCGCUUUGCCGUGACGCGGCAUCGCGUUGAAACCACUUCUGCAAUGCCCUCGCUGCCUCGCGUCUCUGGAGAGUCCCCGCAACGAGCCUCCAGCAAACAGAAAUACAUGGCCGAAUACCUCAACGUGCUGCUAACCAAAUCCUUCUACCGAAACUACCAUGCCAUGAUGGAGUUUCUGGAGGUCAGUCACCUGUCCUUUAUUACAGACCUCGGGCCUAAGGGACUGGAAGGUUUCAUACUGAAAAGAUCCGGAGGCCACAGAAUUCAAGGGCUCCAAUGCUUCGGCCAUCACCGGAUCUGCUACCGCUGGUCAAAGAGGUGGCUGGUGGUAAAGGAUUCGUUCCUCCUGUAUCUGAAGCCGGACUCCGGGGAAAUUUCCUUUGUACUGCUCUUCGAUCCUGUGUUCAGUAUCCAAGUGGGUAAAAAAUCCACAGAGACCAAAUACGGCGUCCGGAUCGAGAACUACUCCAGGACGCUGAUACUAAAGUGCAGCGGGUAUCGCCAGGCCAGCUGGUGGGGGCAGCAGAUUAACCAGAUUGCUGAGGAUCAUGGGAAGGAUUUCCUGAGCAUCCACCGGUUUGUUGCCCACGCCCCGGUGCGGACGAAAACGCAAGUGAAAUGGUUUGUUAAUGGGUCCGGUUACUUUGCUGCUGUGGCGGAUGCGCUCUUGCAGGCACGGGAGGAAAUAUUUAUCACUGAUUGGUGGCUCAGCCCAGAGAUCCACCUAAAGAGACCGGCAUCUGAUGACACGUGGAGGCUUGACAUCAUCUUGAAACACAAGGCGGAGGCCGGGGUGCGGGUUUGUGUGUUGCUGUUUAAGGAGGUAGAAAUGGCUCUGGGCAUUAACAGCGGGUACAGCAAGAGAGCGUUAAUGCUCCUCCACCCCAAUAUCAAGGUGAUGCGUCACCCGGAUCAUGUCUCCUCCAUCGUCUUCCUCUGGGCCCACCAUGAGAAGAUGGUGGCCAUAGACCAAUCUGUGGUGUUCCUGGGCGGUCUAGAUUUAGCCUACGGGCGAUGGGAUGAUCACAGUUACCGGCUGACAGACGUGGGCGCUACGGAGAAACAGCAGAAGCAGGAUGGAUCCCCAGCUGAUGACAUUUCUCCUGAAGAGCCUGCAAUGACGUCUCAGAUAUGGCUGGGCAAAGACUACAGCAACCUUAUUCUCAAAGACUGGGUCCAGCUGGAGAAACCGUUUGAGGAUUUCAUCGACCGGAUGCAAAAUCCCAGAAUGCCGUGGAGAGAUGUAGGAGCCGUGAUCCACGGUAAAGCUGCUAGAGACGCCUCUCGACACUUCAUCCAGAGAUGGAACUUCACUAAGACCACCAAGAGCAAAUAUAAAGGUCCGGCGUUCCCGUAUUUACUUCCGAAAUCCCUCAGCACAGCAGAGCGACAUACCUACACGGUGCCAGGAUGUCACAGCGCCACGGUGCAGGUGCUGCGGUCGGUGGACGGCUGGUCAGCCGGGUGUAAUGAGUGCUCUAUCCUCAAUGCCUAUCUACACUGCAUAUCCCAGGCAGAACACUAUGUGUACAUAGAGAACCAGUUUUUCAUCAGCUCCACAGAUGGACGAACCGUCCAGAACACUAUCGCGGAAGCGAUUGUAGAGCGGAUCUCCCGAGCGCACAAGGAGAAUGCAAAUUUCCGGGUCUUCAUUGUGAUCCCUCUGCUACCGGGAUUCGAGGGGAAUAUUGAAAUGGGGGGAGGAAACUCCAUCCAGGCUAUAUUGCACUACACGUACAGUUCCAUUUGUCGUGGAGACAGUUCUAUCAUCUCUCGCCUGAAGGAGGAAAUGGGCGACAACUGGCGCCGGCACCUCUCGGUGUGCGGUCUGCGGACGUACGGGAACAUGCCUGAUGGCUCUCUGGUCACAGAGCUGGUCUACAUACAUAGCAAGAUGCUGAUUGUGGAUGACAGAACUGUUAUAAUUGGUUCGGCUAACAUCAAUGACCGGAGCAUGCUAGGAAAGCGGGACAGUGAGCUGGCUGUUAUGGUGGAAGAUACAGAGUUUGUGCAGUCUGUGAUGGAUGAGAAGCCGUACCAGGCCGGAAAGUUCUCACUCAGCCUCCGCAUGGACUGCUUCAACACCGUUCUGGGCGCUAAGACACCUCCGUGUCUUAACGUCUCUGAUCCAGUUUCUGAUCAGUUCUUCAAUGAAGUAUGGAAUCAGACGGCUCUAAACAACGCAGCUCUGUACGAUCAGGUGUUUCGCUGCCUCCCCACCAAUGCUGUGCAGAAUCACCGCGCACGCCAGGUGUAUACCGCCGUUCCCCAUUUGGCAUGCACUGACCCCAACCUGUCCAGAGAUAUGCUAGCCAGGGUCAGGGGUCUGCUGGUGGAGUUCCCACUGCACUUCCUCUCCGAAGAGUGGCUUCUACCGCCCUUGAAUUCCAAGGAAGGCGUUAUACCAACAGAGGUCUGGACGUGACCCGCGAAAUACACUAAGCGUCAGCUCAUACCGCCAUCUCUGAUGUCCAGAAUAUAACGGUUAUAGGACGUCUUCUGCCAGCUCUCCACUGCAAGCAUUCCAUGAGAAGUCACGUCACCUGCCGCGUAUCCGACGCACAUCCACACACUGUCCUGUCCGAUCCCACAUCUGUGUUCUGUGUGCACACUGUAUCCUCUAUUAAUCACACACACACACUCUGUCCGUCUCUUGUGUACUGUAUACACACACACACACACACACACACACACACACACACACUGUAUCCACACACCCACACUGUAUCCUGUAUUAAUCACACACACACACAUUCUGUCUGUCUCUGUGUACUGUACACACACACACACACACACACACACACACACACACACACACUGUAUCCACACACUGUCCUGUCCGAUCCCACAUCUGUGUACUGUGUGCACGCACUGUAUCCUGUAUUAAUCACACUAUCCUGUAUUAAUCACACACACAUUCUGUCCGUCUCUUGUGUACUGUAUAGACACACACACACACACACACACACACACACACACCCACACUGUAUCCUGUAUUAAUCACACACAGGCAUUCUGUCUGUCUCUGUGUACUGUAUGCUCACCCACACUGUAUCCACACACCCACACUGUAUCCACAGACACACACAAUCCACUUCUUUAUCCCAUUCAUAGCCAUACACUAAUGCUUUGAGAUCUCCUUCUCCUCUUUUCACCUCUCUCUUUCUCUUUUCCUACCUCCCGGUUACGCUUGCGAUAUGGACACGUGGCGUCGGCACAGCUGCAAAUACAAAGUUUCUCUCUAUUGUUCAAUCCUUUCCUGCAGCUGGAGAACGGCGGGCGGUGGUGUUACGGAGGGUGAGAGGGCACUUUCUUUUUUCAUUGCAGGAACAAAUACCCCCAGAAAGUAUAUUCAUCCAGCCGCCGCCCAUCCUGGAUCCCCGGAUCUCCCUCUUCCCACUAAUCUGCAGUGUUUACAUAACCGCUGUGGUUUUUUUUUUACUAUUAAAAUUGUAUUAACCUCAUAUUACGCUAUAACGAGCUCACAAUGCAAUAAACACUAGUAGCGUCUUCCAUCAUAA